UUAGAAAAGUGAAUAAAAAGUGUGUGAGAAAAUAGUAGCAGUUCAAAGGAGUGAGAUUUUAAGAAACCAUGGCAUCGGAACAGGAGAGAAGGAAUCCGCAGAAAAGGGCAGAGCUGGAAGAAAAAGCAAGGCGGGGAGAGACUGUUGUUCCUGGUGGAACUGGUGGAAAGAGUCUUGAAGCUCAAGAACACCUUGCUGAAGGGCGACACAAGGGAGGCGAGACGAGGAGGGAGCAGAUAGGUCAUGAAGGGUAUCAUGAGAUGGGCAAAAAGGGUGGUCUGAGCACCAUAGAAAAGUCCGGUGGAGAGCGUGCUGCGGAGGAAGGCAUUCCGAUUGACGAGUCCAAGUACAAAACUAAGAGUCGCUGACGACUAGACAGGAUUGUACUAGCUAGUAUGCAUGUACUGCUUCUGUUGUGUGUUGCAAUUAAGUGUGUAACGACCAGUGAACGUGGUUGUUGUUUGUUGUAUAUAUAAUAAAGUAGUGAAAGUUUGU